CUUGUAGUAAGCCGAAAUCUCUAACAUGCUUAUUAAGCUUUUACUUUUCGUCUUGUGCGCGGUAUUUGUGCUUAAGGGGGUCGAGUCAGCAGAACUCCAACAAAGGGCUGUGGAUAUAAAUGACUUCAGAAAACUAGCUUUGGAACGUCACAACUACCACAGAAGACGCCAUGGUUGUGCAGACUUGAUACUAAAUGACACGAUUUCGGCUCACGCGCAGGAUUGGGCCAACCAAAUAUCGUUGGGAGAAGGUCUCCCGCAUCGUCCAAACAAUCCUUACGGAGAAAACUUGUUCGCCGCGUGGGCGAGCUGGACAGAUUACGAUAUAACCGGGGACGUUGCUGUUAACAGUUGGUACUCCGAAAUUCACAAGUACGUAUUCGGCGAAGCUACACCGCACAACUUCAACGACGUUGGACAUUUCACACAACUCAUUUGGAAAAACUCAAAGCAACUCGGAGUUGGUAAGGUAGCUAAGAAUGGAAAGGUAUGGGUCGUGGCCAAUUAUGAUCCUCCGGGAAAUUAUGGAGGAGAAUAUGUGGAAAAUGUUCCAAAACCCUUGUAGAACAAUAUUCAUUACUGUCUCUAGGUGACGGAUUUAUUAGAUAUUGUAAUAAUAAUUAAACUUUCAAAUGUGUAUUGUAGAUUAUAGCAAUAAAUAAAAUCUUUAUCCUCGUCA